AUGGCUGAAGAGCAAGAGGACUUUAGCAAGCUGCCCCUAGCCGAUCGCUUUGUACACAAGAACUGGAAAGUGCGCAAGGAAGGUUACGAAGCUGCCACAAAAGAAUUCAAGACUGCGCAACCGAGCGACCCCCUCGUCAAGGACUUUAUCGCAGACUCCAACAUCUGGAAGGGCGCUGUAGCCGAUGCCAACGUCGCUGCUCAGGCCGAAGGCCUCAAUGCCUUGAAUGCCUUUCUUGAGAUUGCUGGCAAGCCCGGCUGCACCCGGUGCGCAAUUCUCCCAGGCACUCCCUUGUCCUAUAGCUAA